AUGCAACGGACCGUGAGCCUACUCGAGGACGCCGGCGACAGCAUUGCAAGGCAUCUCUGGGAUGGCAGCCAAGCGCUAUCGCAACACAUCGACCAGAUGAUCUCGGUGCAGACUUCGGCGAGUCCGUUACCGCUGCUGGAGUACGUCCUUGUUUCUGCAACGUAUAGGAAACUCAAUGCCAUUGAGCUGGGGUGCGGGUGUGGAUCGGUGGGCAUCAGUCUCGCCCAGAGCAUACCGGGUUGCAAUGUCAUCCUUACCGACCUGCCUGAAGUCACCGAGCUUGUCCAGGCUAAUAUCCAGCGCAUGAAGCCUGCAAUGUCGUCUCGAGUUCGCUUUCAGCCACUGGAUUGGGAGCGUCCCCUCCCGGAGACGAUACAAGACCGCAAGAACGACCUAGUCAUCGUUUCGGAAUGCACAUACAACAGUGACACCUUGCAACCAUUGGUCAGCACGCUGCAAGCUCUAACUGUGCGUUCACCGAAGGCUGUCAUUGUGGUCUCGACGAAGACUAGGCAUGAGAGCGAAGCAGCCUUCUUCGACCUGAUGCGGAAUGCAGGGUUGGUCGAAGAUGGUAGUACACGAUUAUCGCUGCCUGGCUUGCCCGGAAAUGGCUACGCAGACUGGGCCACUGAUGUAGGGUUGCACGUGUUCCACGGACGAGAACAUCGAUUGAGCUUGAGUCCCAGAGAGCGGAGCGAAGAAGACGUGCCAAAGGCGCAGGUUACAAGAAGGCCGAAGUCUCGCUGA